AUGGAUGCUGUCGUUGGUGACUCUCUUGAGAGUUACCUCUCCCGCUACAGGCUGCGACUGCUGGUAGACGAGUGGCUCGGCGUUGUAGCACAGCGGCAGCCGGAGGAUCCAUUUUCGUGCCUUGUCGAGCUCAUCAAUGAAUAUAACCGGGACGGCUGUGGAUUCGUCACGUGCGAAAACAAGUGGUGUGAAAUGAUGAUUCCUGCCUCCGAGUACGCGGCUCACCUGGAGACUUGCUCUGAGGUGGGAAAGUGGGUGAAGUGCAUGCGAUGUAACGUGCGCGUGGAGGCCUCCCGCAUGCGUCAGCACAAGCAAAACUGUAAGCUGGAAAGCUGCGUCUACUGUGGGGAGAUGGUGGUGCCACGCCUGCGGGAUAUGUGCCCGUUCAAGCUGAAGGUGGAUGCGGAGCGGGCCUGCAGGAAACAGGCGAGUGCCGAAGUGAUGCGUGAUAAUCUGGCGUUCUUGGGGAGCAAUGCGACACUGUCGCUUCGUUCCUUCCUCAUGCCAUCAUUUGCGGGCGCCCCACCGUAUCUGAAGCGACCGUUGUCUCUUUCUCCUCAUUUGAAGGAUCGACUCAUCUGCAUUCAGAACAGUUGGCGCAACGCCUUUUUGCGGAAUAGAUUUCAGGAUGUUUUGUUUAAAUCGUUUUGGCAUGCGGUGGAAUUGUACCGCGAGAGGCAGGUGACACAGGAGCACAUUGCCAUUCCGCGGGAUCACCCAAAAGCGUCGUCGCCUUGUCUUACUAAUUACACGGCUUUCAUGGGGGGGUGCGUCCACGUCUCAAUGUUUGAGGCGUUGGCCAAGACGAUCACGUCUGGGGGGGUGGUGGAGUUUGAAAUGGCGAAGCAAAUUAUAUCCAUGACCACUAGCAUUCUGGCCGAGCGCCCGCUUGUGCAGCGUGUGACGAUUCCUGAGGGGGGUGAUGUGGUGGUUAUUGGGGACCUGCACGGGCAAAUGAAGGACCUCUGUGAGGCCAUUGUCCUCGCCGGCGGACUGCCGAACCCGCAGCGCUACCUGGUUUUUAACGGCGACUUUGUGGAUCGUGGGUCAAACGGGAUGGGGGUGCUGCUGUACAUUUUUACGCUUUUGUGUACUUUUCCAUCGUUUGUGUUCAUCAACCGUGGGAAUCACGAGGACGCCCGCGUCAACGCGGAGUACGGAUUUGAGGUGGAGAUAUACGGCAAGUACGGUAUUGAGCACGCAGAGCAGCUUCUGGAGGCCCUCGCUGACAGCUACCAGUCGAUGCCGCUGAUGACUGUUCUCGACGGGAUGAUUCUCAUUGCACAUGGUGGGUUGCCACGCGCUCCAGUAACGCUGGAUCGCAUUGAGUCGCUGGGUCGCAUGCGAGACAUUCCCACAUCAGGGAGCAUCGGCGAGGAUGAGCAGAUCAUGAUGGAUAUUCUCUGGAACGACCCGGUGGAAAAGUUUCACUCGCGGCAGUUGGGUAUGCGACACCGAGCUCAGCACUGGCGCACAAGCAAGCGUGGAUGUGGGGUGGAGUACCUUGCACCCAUCACGGAAGAGUUUCUUCGACUCAACAACCUUCGGCUUGUGGUUCGUUCGCACGAGGAGGUGCAGGCGGGGUUUGAACUCGUUCACAAUGGUAAGUGCUGUACUGUGUUCAGUGCGUCUAACUAUUGCGGCGUCUCGAGCAACCGGGCAGCGCUUGCGGUGUUUCCUAAGGGGUCAUUGCACCCUGUUUUUCACACAUGGUAUGUGCGCAGCGACGAGAGUGAGGACUUAGCGACAAAAGAGCUUCUGGAUGAAAUCAUGACAUGUGAAGGGGGCAAGAGGGAUAACAACAAGGACGACGAGGAAACGGGAGGCGGGGGGGAGGCCGAGGAUGUAAACAAGGCAGAAGCGAAUGAUAACGCUGUUGCAGGCGGAGAUGAGGUUGCCCACAUGAUAGGGGACGUCGCGGGGAGGGAUAAGGAGGAUACUGGAGCAGACUCGAGUACGACGUAUUCCUCAUCUGUGGAAGGAGCGUUGGUCCCCCGCCUGAAUCUGUUUAUGCAGCUAGGCGAGAUUAUCUUUCGUAAGCGGUACAGCCUAUUGUCUGGGUUUGUUGCGGCCGACUACAAUCAAACAGGGAUCAUCUACAAGAUAGAAUGGUGUGAGGUCAUGCGCAGUGUCCUGGAAAUUGAUAUUCCGUGGUAUUAUCUCUGCAAGUUUGUGGCGCCGCAAGGGGAACCAAGCGAGGUGCCAUGCGUGCGGUAUGUUUCCUUCCUGCGGAGGUUCGAUGUCCGUUUUUCGUCACAGUACUUGCUGCCGUUUCAGGUGGCGAUUGUGCGUCGUGUCUUUGGCGAUAUGGACCUGCCGGAUGAUCUGCUUAGCCGCCUUGACAGCGCCGAUGUCUUGGAGGUGACGGCGGCCUCGUUGCCGGCGCACGGUCAGUGCCAGCCGUUGGGCGUAGCAGGCAACAAAAGCGGCCCGAUUUCAUCUGAGGCGAGACACGGGUUUUCUAGGACCAAGUCAUCAACGAGGAAGAGCCAGGAGUCGGAUGCGGCGCAGUCAUUGUCUUGCAUGAGCGCUUCUAAGCCGUGGCGCUUUUUAAAGGUUGACUUCAAUGUUUUUGUCUCCAUCCUGCGCUCUCUCUCGCACGUGGCGGCCACGCUGGAGGACGACGUUGCGUAUGCCUUGUUCCAGUACCUCGACCAGGAAGAGUGUGGGCAUGUGGUGCUGGGCAGCCUUGUUGACCUUGUGGAGGCGACGCUGGUUGAGGAAGAGGAGAUUGUGAUGCUGGGGACGGGUAGCACGCGUGACGCGGACGCUGGGCUUACUUUGCGGGAUGACGAGGAUAACGAGCCACCGGAGAAGACCGAGACUGCUGUGACGAGCUCGGCUUCAUCCGCCAAGGCGUCAUUCAGAGAGGGCCACGGCGAGCGGAAGCAGGACGCAAAUCCCGCUGCUUCCACCACUGCUACCGCCGGGAAGGAGCAGCAUGCCGAGCCAAAGAUGGGGGCAAGCUUGUUUCUUUCUUCACAAGUCCUGCCCUGUACAUCGGAUAACACCGAUGCAGCUGUGAUCAACUUUUGCCGGACGCUGGACCAUGUUUCGCAUCAACAGUCGCGGAGCAGCAUGGAAGAGGACAUCACUGAUGCUCUUUGGCUGUAUCCUGCGUUGCUGCGUCUUCAUGAGGGGUUUAACUACGGUUUACUGACGUCCUUGCAGCAAAGCUUUCGAAACCUUAACAGCACCAACGAUGGAAAACUUACCUUUGAUCAACUGAAUGUUGCCGUGCAACUCAUUGGCCGACACAUGCGUGAACCACUCACUGAGACGCAGGCAAAGCGUAUUUUUAGCACUAUACGUAGUGGUGGAAAGCGAUUGACGAUGACGCAUUCACGCGAUAUCUUUUCGGGCACCCGCUAUGAGCCGCAUAAUUUGUCGCUGCUGAUCGCAACCUCUGAUGAACUGACGACAGUGCCAGACAGCGAAGACGCGUCAGAUGUGUUGCAUAUCACGAUGAAGGAGUUUGUAACUUUUUUUUCAGUCACGUUUAUGGGAGGGAAUUGGAAGCGUGAGGGCAGCGGCGACAUGGGCAGCUUCAAGGCAACGUGGAUUGCGGACACUUGGUCCUGCCUCAGCUUUACAGGCUGCAGACGCAGUGACCUGGAUACUUUCCUCGAAGACCUUCGUGCAUGGCCCUACGCAGAGGUGUUGGAUGGGUUGACGGUGGAGUCGUUUAGCUCCCGCUUUGACGGCAGCAAAACGUUGUUGCGAGCGCUUCAGGAGCUGUUGUGCGCCUCCGCGGCACAGACACGGGCGAUGGAGGGUACGGCCGUGAACUGCACGCCCUCAUCCCGCUCCGUAGAGCGUGGUAUCGGGCUUACCUGUCCGCUCGCUACCAACCAACUGCAGCUGCUCGCGUUGAACAAAUCCAAGUUGGCGCAAUCGUCCAUGUUGAAGAGCGUGCCGUCAACGUCUGCGACGACGGAGGGUGCGCCGGAGACGGUGUCAGCAGUUACACCAGAAGCGAGAGAGGAAGUCUGCGGCCACGAUGGUACCAAGUUGCCCAAAACUGCUGUCGGUGUUGUAACCCACACUGAUGCUGCUCCCACAAUGGCACCUGCGCUUGCUUUAGCGUCGACUUCUUCCUCUUUACCUGCUUCUGUCCCCUUUGUCCAUGCCGAAGCUUACUGUGGUGCGGGUGUGAGGACGCCAUGGAGGCGACAAACAGAUAAAGUGCAUACAGACCCCUUAUCUUUCUCUUCCAAACUACUCAAAACCUCUGCGCCCGCCUGGGGUACUGCCAACGAUGAUGCUCAAUCUCGCCGUGUCCUGGCCAAGUACCCGGUACUGCAAGGCCACUUGCUUAGUUUGCCGCAUUCCUUCCCACAAACUGGGGAGCCAAAGAUGACAUCGGCAACACUACCGUCGCGAAAGGGAGGAGAAAGCCCUGCGCAGAGCAAGCUCGGGUCUCCAUCUAGGCUUCCAACCCUGCGUGGCGCUUUGGAAAGGCCGUCACUCUCGGCGCAACUUGAGACCACCGAUGCAUCACCGAAACGCAAAUGA